AUGACGGCUGCAAAGAACCCAAGUCCUUACUAUCAACAUGUCAUUGCAAGUGGACUGCCCUACGAGCGUGGCCUAGCCCACGGGCAACAGGCCGGGCAAAAGGUCCGCGACAAUGUCGCCUACUACAAGACCCCGGGCAAGCUGGCCAAGUUAGAGACUAUGGAGAAAAUCAUCGAGGACAUCUACAUUCCAAACAUCAAGGCCCAUUAUUCGGCUGGACUCGAGGAGAUGCGAGGCAUUGCAGACGGAGCCCACGUUUCUCUGCAAGACGUUGUGCUGCUGAACGCGCGCUAUGACCUUGCUCGACUGAAUCAAGAGGAAGCGUCGAAUCCUGUUGUUAAGAGUACCAAUGGGCACCACGCUCGCCUAGAAACAGACGACAUGACCAACGAGUGCACAAGUGCCAUCUUCUUCCCAGAGGCCACCGCCAGCGGCGACGUGCUCAAUGCCCAAAACUGGGACAUGUCGGCCCGUCUCUGGCUCAGCGACGCCAUCAUCUACCUCGAGAUCCACCCGGAUCCCUCCGAAGCCAAACCUUCCCUCUUCCUCGUCACAGAGGCCGGCCAGCUGGGCCGCUCCGGUAUCAGCUUGCUCGGCCUGGGCGUCACGGCCAACUCGCUCAUGUCCGCCGAGGACUACUGCCCGAGCGCCGCGGACCCCAUCCCCGUCCUGCCCAUCUCCCUGCUGCGCCGCAUGGUGCUCGAGUCGGCGCAUUUGGCAGAGGCCACGACGGCCAUUUACAACUUUCCGCGGCACGUGUCCAACAACCUCACCGUCGCGACGGCCGAUGGGUUCGGCAUGUGCUUUGAGAUUACGCCGACCAGAGAGUACAAGGUGUACAGCAGCCUCGAUGACCAUUAUCUUAUCCACUCCAACCACUUCACCGACCCGGCGUUUCUGGCGCGCUCCGACACGAAAUGCCGUUACCCGGGCGGCAGUAGCUGGUUUCGCCGACAGCGCCUGGAGCAGAAUAUCCGGCCGUACAAGAACGGGCUGGUCACGGUGGAACAGUUGCAACGGGCGUUUUCCGACCAUCUCAGCUUCCCUGAAUCGCUCUGCUGCCACCCGGAUCGAUCGCCCGACGCCGUCAUCGGUCAUCUUCCGGGCUAUCCCUUCCGCACCUCCUCGGCGACGGUCGCCUCGGUCACGUACAACCUGACCCAACGAAGCAUCACGGUCUGCAAGGGCCCUCCCUGCCAGGGCAGCUUUCAGACGUUUCAUCUGAGCGGCCCGUUGUCGUUCCAAGGGCUCGGAACAAAAUCUGGAAAGCUUGCUGCUGCCCAAGAUAUCAACCGCCCUGAGACCCCAUAG